AUGACAACGACCUCCAGCAGCCCCCCACCCUCGCCCCGCGGCCGUCGUGGCUACCGCACCGACUCGCCUCGCCCCGCGCUCCUCGCAGACAGAAAGAAGGCAGCCGAGGAAAGCGCCGCCGCCGCUGCCAGGAGAGAGGCACGCAGAAAGUCUCUAUCCGAGACGAGAGCCAGGAACGCAAGGAGCAAGAGCAAGAGCAGCAGCAGCUCCACGCCCACCUCCACGCCGCCCAAGCCCAGGACGGGCAGGAAGCGCAAGGAAGCGACUCCCGAGGAAGAGACGGAUGGAGGGACGGAUGGAGAGACGGGUGGAGAGACGGGUGGAGGGACGGGUGGAGAGACGGAUGGAGAGACGGAUGGAGAGGAGCUUGACGGGCCUGUGUCUAAGAGGAACAAGUCCAGUGAUGAAGAUGACGGGGUGGAGACGCCUAGAAAGGGCACCGGGAGUCCCAGGAAGGAGACCAGGCCCAAGAACGCGACGCAAGAUUCCGCCCCGGAUGUGGAGCACUCACCCGUAGACACCGCAGUCCUCUCCUCGCAGAUUGCUGUCGCUGUGCAGUCCGCCCUGGCCUCGCACCCGACCUCCCCUCCGCCUGUGGAAAUCGACUACGCCCGCAUCACCGCCGCCGUAGCCGCAGCACCUCUCCAUCUCGACUCAUCCCGCCUCGCUUCUUCCGUCACAGCCGCACUCGACGCAGCCUUGCAUCCCUACCUCGCCCUCCUGUCGCCGCUGAUGGAGUUCACGCAAACCUGCGCGGGGCUCAAGAGCACGGCCGAGGAGAGCGCAAACGAGCACAAGGCCGCUGUGCACAGUCUUGUCGAGCAUCUGCGGAGGAAGAGGGGGGGGAUCGAGAAGGGCGGGAUCGAAGGCGAGAAGGGGAUGAAGGCUGGAGAGGCUGCGCUGAAGCGUGGGAGGAAGAGGAGCAUGGAUCCUGAUGAUGUUUUCGAGGACGGGAUGAGUCCGGAUAGUGAGGCGGGGGGUGGGGAGUUUGAUGGAGGGGAUGGGGAGUAG